AUGACCUCCCUACAAACCCGCUGGAAACAAAUCUAUCAAAACCACCUCCCCUCCCUAGCAAAAUCCAAAGAUCCCGUCCAAAAAAACUGGCCCGUCCACCUAGAUCACUGUUUCGCCCGCAUAAUCCUCGACAAUGCCAUCGGCAAAGAUCAACCCUGGACGAAAAUCCUCAAGCAACCGGCGAUUAAGAAUAUGAGUGCAAAUCAGCUGAGAGAUGCUAUUGAACUCGCGGAAGAAAUCGCUACUGGACAAGUCGAUUUGAGGGAAUUGAAUGAAAAGAGCCUUGAAUUGCGAGGGAAAUUGUCGAGGAAGAGAAGUGCCGACUUUGAACCUGCGGAGAGGAAGAGGAACAUGGUCAAGAAAGUAAAAGUGGGAAAUGAGACGGUGUCGAAAUACUUCCAACCUUGCCCUCCUAACCCAGCCCCGAAUUCGAAUCCCAACCUCGCCACCAAAGAAUCUAAAGAACCCAAAGAUCCCAAAGAAGAAGAAGAAGAAGAAGAAGAAGAAGAAGAAGAAGAAGAAGGAGGAGGAGAAGAACAAGAACAAGAACAAGAAAAACAACAAGACUCUCUCCAACAACUCCCCCUCAUAAACUCCUCCCCCCUCCCCCCCCCUUCCGCAAAAAAGUCCUCUCCCUCCUCUGCCAAAUCCCCCGAGGGAGAUAUAGCACCUACGGCGCCCUCUCCUCCCACCUCUCCCAGACGUCACCCACAUGCGCCCGAGCAGUAG